UUUUUUUUAAUUUCACUGCUUAAAUUUUUAUUACAAGUUUGGAGUAUGGUGCUUAACUUCCUAUUUAUCUUUGUCUGGAAUCAGAAAUGCCAAAAGUAGCUUUUCAGUCUUGCAGUCUCGAGAUGACUUUGCACUUUGCGUGAGCUGUAUUUGCCCAGUCAACACUUUGAACUUACAAAGGGCUGCUUCCCGCAUAAAAAGUCAUGUAAAGUUUAUAAAUCACGUAGAAUCCUCUUUGUUUUCUCUACAAAUCCCCACAACUAUACCUUUUGAAUUCGUAGAUUCCAGAUUAUGUCUGCCAGAAGAACUCUUUUUUAUUCAGCUUUGAAUUUCUUCAGUUACUCCUUCACAGAGAUGGUUUUUCCAUUUGUUUUCUUGGUUUUCCUCCUAUGCAAUUGUCUUUCUGUGGUGACUUCUCUUAAUGAUGAAGGACUUGCUCUUCUAUCCUUCAAACAAGCCAUACAGAACUUCCCAGAAAGCUAUCUAAACAGCUGGAACAACUUGGACGAUAAUCCAUGUGGACCAAAUCCAUGGAAGGGAGUUGUAUGUAGAGAAGGAAAAGUGUUUUCUCUCAUCAUUCCAAACAAGAAUCUGUCAGGGUUUCUUUCGCCUGGUCUUGGAAAGCUCUCUUUUCUUCGCUGUCUUAAUCUAAAGAAUAACAACUUCAAUGGAAGUUUGCCAUUCGAGCUCUUCAAUGCAUCAAAUUUACAGAGUUUGGUGCUUUCAGGAAAUUCAUUUUCUGGGCUUGUUCCUACUCAGAUUGGGAAUCUAAACAAUCUAUUAGUUUUAGAUCUUUCACAAAAUGCAUUUAGUGGCUCCCUUCCAGAUGGUUUUGGAACCAAUCUAAGUGCACUUCAAAAGCUCAACCUUUCUUUCAACAACUUGAGUGGUUUGAUCCCCAAAGACAUAGGCGAAUUGUCAAGUUUGAACGGUACUCUUGAUUUGUCUCACAAUCUCUUCAGUGGUUCUGUUCCAGCAAGUCUAGGAAACCUGGGAGAGAAAGUGUACAUAAAUCUCAGCUAUAACAAUCUCAGUGGCCCCAUACCUCAAGAAGCUUCUCUAUUGAGUUUAGGACCACCUGCUUUCAUAGGCAACCCUUUGCUUUGUGGUCUCCCUUUGAAAGUUUUAUGUCCUCCACACAUUGUAGCUCCAUAUGCUAAACCCUACCCUUCUGAACCCUCUAAUAUACUAAAGAAAGUACAUCAUUCAAAUUCCUGUGCAGUGAUUGCAGGUGUUUCCAUUGCCACAGUUGUAGGCAUCUGCACCGUUGGUUUGUUGUUCUAUCACAGGUACAAGAAUGCUUGUGCCUGCAAGUGGGGUGAUGAUGUUGGCAGCUGCCCCUUUGAAGAAAAGUUGACUCUUAGACAGAAGAUUUCCUGCUUUACCAAAAAUGACUUUGAAACUUUAUCAGAAAUUAUGGAGCAUUACGAAUUUGUGCCAUUAGACUCACAGGUUGAUUUUGAUCUUGAGCGACUUCUGAUAGCAUCUGCUUUUCUUCUGGGUAAGAGCAGAAUCGGCAUUGUGUAUAAAGCUGUUCUGAACAAUGGGCCAACUGUGGCAGUGAGAAGAUUGGGGCGUGGAGGUUGGCAAAGGUUCAAGGAGUUCCAGAGUGAAGUAGAAGCAGUUGGAAAGAUUAGGCAUCCAAAUAUUGUCAGUCUCCGUGCUUACUUCUGGUCUGUCGAGGAGAAGCUUCUCAUCUAUGAUUAUAUACCCAAUGGUGAUCUUUCCACUGCACUUCAUGGGAAAGCUGGAAUGUUACCUGCCAGACCUCUCUCUUGGGCCAUUCGUCUUAGAAUCAUAAAAGGAAUAGCAAAUGGCUUGGCCUUUCUACAUGAAUUCAGCCCCAGAAGGUAUGUCCAUGGAGAUUUGAGGCCUAGCAAUAUUCUGCUUGGGCAGAACAUGGAACCUCACAUCUCUGAUAUUGGACUUUGCCGCCUUGCUAAUAUAGCUGAAGAAUCAGAAGCAGGCCAAUGCGAACAAGUGACCCCUGGAACACCACAACAAAGUUCAACACCACAAAAGAAUUCUCCAUAUGAAUUUACAGCAAUAAAGUCUACCUUGAGCAGUUCUUAUUAUCAGGCUCCUGAAGUUUCAAAAGUCAGAAAGCCAACACAGAAGUGGGAUGUAUACUCAUAUGGAGUAAUCCUACUAGAGAUGAUUACUGGGAAGCUGCCAAUGAUUCAGAUAGGUUCCCUCGAAAUGGAUCUGGUUCAAUGGAUUCAUCUCAUGCUUGAGGAUGGGAAGCUGAUGAUAGAUAUCUUGGACCCCUGCUUAGCUUGUGAUCUCAACAAGGAAGACGAGAUAGCUGCGGUGCUGAAAAUCGCUCUUGCCUGUGUCUGUAAGAGCCCUGAUAAGAGACCUUCUAUGAGGCAUGUCUUUGAUAGUUUGGACAGACUAAUAUCAUCCAUUGAACAACAGAACAUGCUUGAUGAAAUAGCAAAUUUUGCUCAAUAAAAGAAAUGCAAGAUGAAUGCUGCAAUCAAUGAAGGGAAAUAAAGAUUUUUUGAGUUAGUAUCACAGUACAUAGUUAUAGAUGUCCUAAGCUGGCUGAGCUUUGGUAAAUAGGUCUUCCUUCCCAAUAUUGUAUUAGAUUCUUCUUUUCAAAUUCUCUUGAAUUAUAUAUUUUCUAGUAACAUUAGUUUUCA